CCAGAUAUGUCUACCGAACAUUCCAAGGCCUGUUGCGAGCGCCCUGUGCCUAAGCCUUUUUCAUAUACCGCAAAAGGACAAUGGAUCGAGCUUGACGGCAUGGACACCUAUAUAACAGGAGACACAAAGGCGCAACGAGCCGUCCUCUGGGUCUAUGACAUCUUUGGCUUCUCCUCCCAGAUUCUCCGAGGCGCAGAUAUCUUAGCACACUCUUCCAAAGAGCCAAUCCUGGUCAUCAUCCCAGACUGGUUCCGCGGUUCCACCGCAGAGCUAUCAUGGGUACCCCCCGUCACGGAGGAGCAACAACAGAAACUCGGUACUUUCAUCCAAACAAAAGCAUCAGCUGCGAUCGUGGUCCCUCAUGUGCGAACCUUCGCGAAAUGUGUGAAAGCCGUGUACCCGCGGAUCCAGCGAUUGGGAAUCUUCGGAUUCUGCUGGGGUGGAAAGUUGGUAUCAUUAGCAUGUCAAGGAGACGCGUUGUUUGAUGUCGCUGCGCAAACAUCUCCGGCGCGGGUAGACCCCGAGGAGGCCAAGCAUGUCACGGUUCCUAUGGCGUUGCUUGUCUCUGGAGACGAGGAUGCCGGCCUGGUGGCGAGAUAUGCGGAGAAUAUACGAGCGGAGACACACGUUGAGAUGUUUCCAUCGCAGAUACAUGGGUGGAUGAGUGCACGGGGGGAUUUGAACCGUCUCGUUGUAUGGAACGAGUACCAACGUGGCUACCAAGUUAUUGUGCAGUUCUUUGAUAAGUACCUGUGAAGCGUUAC